AUGCAUCUAGAUCACAAGAUCCCUUGGAAUACAGCGUCGUCACACUUCGGCUUCAUAAAGGAAAGGCCAGGCAUUCGCGAAAACGAUUUCAGCGUCCAUGAUAAGUUAUCUGAUCGUCAAUCCGGCGAGUUGAACUACUUCACGCGGUCUCUUAUUUCCACUAUCGAAGAGUUCUCAACCACCGAACGAGCCAAAUACCCACAACCCAGCGCUCUACCAACAUCAGGCCCUCUAUAUGACUCAUCUAUCCUCCCCGCCAUCGAAGAGAAGUACCACCUCGGACCACACGACACCAACUCCGCAGUCUCAAAUCCACUAUGUGAAGAGUUCCAAAAUGUCGACUACUGGAUCCAACUAGCCCCGUACCACACCGGAACAGCCCAUCUAGCCGACGCAGUGAAAAUGCUCAUUGCCUCGAACGAGAUGCUCGCUCUAUUACGUCUAGCAAACCACGAGCAAAUCCCACUAGAAGGUCUAAACAAUCUAAGCUGGGGCCACAGUUUCGGCGUGACGCAUGUUGCGGACACGGCUUUGGAAAUUUACAUGUUGGUGAAUAUCGCUGCUUCUGUUAAAGCCAAUGCGAAACCUGGGUCUGCGAAUGAGACGGUUUGUUUAACGCAGACGCAGGCGUUUAGGGGUUUUGUUAAUUGGGGAUUGGAGGAUUUUGAUUUUCCUGCUCAGAAUAUACCGCAUCGGUUGUUUUGGAAUUCGAAGGGGAUUCCUGAUGAGAUGACGUGGGAUCCGUUGAGUCUUGGGAGUGAUGAUGAUAGGAGGGAUUUGAAGGAGUAUUUGAAGAUGUGCUUUGAGUUGUUGUAUCGGUAUGACCUUCUGAUGAGGGAGUUGGGGAGGGAUCCUGAGUGGAAGGAGAGGAUCUUAGGGUUGCUGCGUCGGUGGGGGGCGAAGUGUGUUACUGUGGACGAGACAGGGUAUUGCUUCGCUUGA